GGUGAAACAGAAGAAGGUGGAUUGUAGAAAAAGACACUUGCUUAAGCACCAGUGGCUCCUUAUGGACCUCACUACUAUGAACUUAGCUCCUUCAACCCCCACUGAAUUUAAUCGGAAAUAAAGCUCUGUCUGGGUUGUCCCACACUGUCUUGUGAGCUCUACAGAUACAAACAGAAAAAACAAGUCAUGAUGUGCCUUACCUUUCGCCUGGAAAGGUGAAUAUCUCUUUCAGAUAGAGAUGGCUGACAAAGCUGGAAAGAUCCUCCCAGGACCACUGUACAUUGAAGUGGAGUAUGAUUAUGAGUAUGAGGCAAAGGAUAAAAAGAUUGUGAUAAAACAAGGGGAGAGAUACAUCUUAGUGAAAAAGACUAAUGAUGAUUGGUGGCAAGUCAAAAGGGAUGAAAAUUCCAAGCCCUUCUAUGUGCCAGCACAGUAUGUGAAAGAAGUAACACGAAAAGCACUAAUGCCACCUGUUAAACAAUCAGGUGGUCUGCCAAAUAGCUCUUUGAAACUGAUGCAUAGUUUACAGAGGUCGACAGAAAAUGUGAACAAAUCGCCAGAGCUUUCUAGUUUUGGAAAAUCCUCUCCAGUGUCUGGCCUAGUUCGUGAUGCCAAUCAGAAUCUGGGACCAAAUAGUAGCCCAGGUCAAAAUCUUGGCCUGAGCCUGGACCUUGCCCAAAAUAAUGGAAAACUUAACAGUGAGUUGCAGUCCCCCAAGGUUUCCAGCCAGUACAAGUCUCUCUCUCUGGGCCAUUUCACUUGUCCAGAGUUAAUGGAAAUCGAGAAGACCAGCUUCUCACAUGAACAGUCCUGUGAUUCAGCAGGGGAAAGCUCAGAAAAAGUCCAUCAGGAUUCAGAGUCUGGAGAUGAACUCAGUAGCAGCUCCACAGAACAAGUGCAGCCAACUACUCCACCAAGCCAAGGCAGGCCGGAUUCACCAGUUUAUGCUAAUUUACAAGAACUGAAAAUAUCUCAGUCUGCACUUCCACCUUUACCUACAAGUUCCCCAAUUCAGAUUAAUGGAGAAUGGGAAACCCAUAAAGAUACUACAGGACGUUGUUACUACUACAACAGAGGAACACAAGAAAGAACCUGGAAACCUCCUCGUUGGACCCGGGAUGCAAGCAUAAACAAAGGGGAUUCCCACAGCCAAGCUGAUCAGGAGCUGCUUUCAUCUGAAGAAAACGACCACAGUUCUUGUUACAGCCAGUCAGAUAGUCAGUAUGGUUCUCCUCCAAAAGGUUGGUCAGAAGAAUUGGAUGAACAUGGUCAAACCUUAUAUACCAAUGACUAUACUAAUGAAAAGUGGAUAAAACAUGUAGACGAACAAGGUAGACCAUAUUACUACAGUGCUGAUGGAUCACGAUCAGAAUGGGAACUUCCAAAGUAUAAUGCUUCACCACAGCAGCAAAGAGAAAUAAUUAAGAGUAGGAGUCUGGACAGGAAGCUACAAGAACCAAUAGUUUUAACAAAGUGGAGGCACAGCACGAUUGUGUUGGACACCAAUGACAAGGACUAUCCAGCUGCUUCAAAGCCCAACUGUCCAGAAAAUGAGUCCUCUCCUUCCUCGCCAAAGCACCAAGCCACAGGUCAAGAGAAGUAUGGAUUAUUAAACGUAACAAAAAUUACAGAAAAUGGGAAAAAAGUCCGAAAUCUAGAGCACUCUGGGAUCUUCUCCUUUGUCUAUAUUGUGGUGCCUCGUACUGAUUCCUCAAGUAUCGGUUUCACAAAGAACUGGAUGUCUUCCUGGGCAGUAUUACAAGGUUCAUCGUUAUUGUUUACUAAAACCCAAGGAACUGGAACUAGUUGGUCAUUUUGCCAGUGGGGCUUAAUUCCUGAGCUCCUGCUCUCGCUGUUUUCUUCUUGGAAAAAUGCUCUCAGUGGUCGGCCUGCUGUCACCUAUGUAAACUGUGAUCCUGUUUCAGCUAUCACUAAGUUUGGGGUCAAUCAAUCUAAGCCAGAAUUCACAGUGGAUCUCAGAGGGGCAGUUAUUGACUGGGCAUCAAAGGACAAAUCCAGCAAAAAGAACGUUAUUGAGCUGAAAACCCGGCAAGGAACUGAACUCUUAAUUCAAUCUGAUAAUGACGUUUUUAUUAAUGAGUGGUUUAAAGUUCUUAGUUAUACUAUCAGUAAUCAGACAGUGGAGUCUGAUGAAGCAUUCGAAGAUGAUGUACCGGAUUCCCCAGGGGUGGAAAAACAAGACAAAGAGAAGGACCAUAAGGACUCCAAGAAACUUCGUUCAAUGAAAAUAUCUAGCAGUAUAGAUUCUUCAGAACAGAAGAAGACAAAAACAAAGCUGAAGAAAUUUCUUACACGACGCCCUACGUUACAAGCUGUUCGAGAAAAAGGCUACAUUAAGGAUCAAGUGUUCGGUUCCAGUCUCACCAGCUUAUGUCAGAGAGAAAACAGCUCAGUGCCAAAGUUCGUGAAGCUGUGCAUUGAACACGUUGAAGAACAUGGAUUGGAUGUUGACGGGUUAUACCGAGUCAGUGGCAAUCUUGCAGUGAUACAAAAGCUAAGAUUUGCAGUUAAUCAUGAUGAAAAAUUGGACUUGAAUGACAGUAAAUGGGAAGAUAUACAUGUCAUCACAGGAGCUCUAAAAAUGUUUUUCAGAGAACUGCCAGAACCACUCUUCACAUAUAAUCAUUUCAAUGACUUUGUCAAUGCAAUUAAACAAGAACCAAGACAGCGUGUUCAUGCUGUCAAAGAUUUAAUUAAACAGUUGCCAAAGCCAAAUCAGGAUACCAUGCAGAUACUUUUUAGACACCUCAAGAGAGUUGUAGAAAAUGGAGAAAAGAACCGAAUGACUUAUCAAAGUGUUGCAAUAGUUUUUGGACCAACUCUGUUAAAGCCAGAGAAAGAGACUGGUAACAUAGCAGUCCACACUGUUUAUCAGAAUCAGAUUGUAGAAUUAAUUCUGCUGGAACUGAACUCCAUCUUUGGAUGUUGAAGUUUUCUUAGAGUUAAAACUGAAGAUAUGAGUUGGCAACAGCUUUCUAUCAGAAGUUAAAUCUCUCUGUGUACAUGAUGUAUUGUGUUUGUGGACCAAGCGACAGCUCAAUUUUGCACUUUUCAGUAGGAUGGGAGGGAAGAAAUGGGAGGAGUGUUUAACCGAUUAUAAUUCACUUAUUACAUUGUGAAUAUUUCAAAGUUUGUACUCUGUCUGUUUUAAUAAUACAAAUUGCAAUUCUAGUAUGGGCAUAUACACUGGAUUUCUUGGUGAGAAGCUAAAAUUAAUCUCAGACUGGAUAAUCUGGAAUGGAUUUUUUUUAAAGGUUCACCCCUUGGUAGGGUGAGGAAAACCCGAUUAACUGGCUUCAAACAUGUUUUUUCAUACUUUUAGUGACAAUAAAAUUUCAUCCUAUGCUUAUGUACUGAAAUCUGUGUGGAUCCUGUCAGCAGGGAUUCUGCAUGUAGUGUGACUGUCUUUAAACUAGUGCUAACAGUGGCCAGUGUGGUUUACAGUAAUUCAAAUAAUCCCUCAUUUGAGGCUUUUUUUUUUUUUUUUAACUGUAUUAUAUAGCAUCCUUGCUGGAUCUUCUGGUUGCUUGAUAGAGCAGAAUCCUAUUUUUUCAAACACUGAACUUGUAAGAAUAUCCAGCAGAGGAUUUGUUCUGUGACAUACUAGAGUUUUAUUUAAUACACACAUCCAUUUUUCAGGGUAUUUCUUGGCUACGUUUUGUGCUAUACUGAAUUGCAGUUAACAAUUCUAAUUAAAUACCAUCAUUAUCUAAUGCUGUACUGAGUUCUUGGUAUGAUCCUGUGGUAGUGAACAUUUUUGGAUGUAAAUACAAGCUAAAGACUGAAUGACCUUUGGCUUAUGUACAUAAUUCAGUUGUUGUAUAGUCUCAAAGUACCUUCUAGUUGCACAUUUCUAAUCAUGGGUAGAUUAGCUACAGGUAGUGUAACACUUCCAGUGGAGGUCUAGGUUUCCUCAGAUAAACAGGUUACUCGAAAAACUAAACAUGUGCACUUUUAGAUGUUAAUUACAUUUGCAGGCAAAUAAUUGUAAUGCAAAUGGUACUGGAAAAAUACUGUGUGCUUGCUAAAUUGUUAAUGCACUACAAGAGGAGCCUUUUAGGUUAUUUAAUAUGUACAGGAUACAUUAGAGAAAUGUAUUACAGAUUCUAACAUUUGCAAAUAAUGGAAAUGUUCCAAUAGAUGUUUGUUGGAAAUAAUGACAUAAUACUAAAUUUGAGAAUUUCUUUUUACAUUAAUAAUGUAGAUUAAUUUGUAAAAUAAAUUUGGUUUUGGAAGAUUUUUGUUAUAGGGAGCAUGGUCUACUGAAGAUUUUUAAAUGUAUUUUUUUAGACUAACUGCUGUACCUAAUAUGUGUUAUGUUUAAUCUGAAUAAAGAAAACUAUUAGCUA